AUGGACAAGCAGCUGCGGGAGCUGCGGCUGCAGGAGGAGAGGGCCUUCCUGCAGAGCAUGGCAAGGGAGGAGGACACCAAGCAGCACCCUAGCUGGUGGGACAGCCGGGCACCAGCCAUCCUCCCUGAGCCCCUUGCCAGUGAUGCUGCACUCUGCGUGCCCAGCAGCCCCAAAUCUCACAGGGACCUCGGCCUGAUCACAGAGGCAGUGGCACGCAACGAGUUUCUACAGCACCUGGGUGAAAGCUGCCCUGACGUGCUGGCUCAGAGCUUCGUAGCUGUCCAGCACAGCCCUGGGGACACGGUGCUGGCUGAGGGCACUGAGGGUACCACCAUGUAUAUAGUGGCAGAGGGGCAGCUCAGCGUGAGCCAGCGUGGCCGCAGGCUCCGCACGCUGGGGCCAGGGGACGUGUUCGGGGAGCUGGCCAUCCUCUACAACUGCAAGCGCACGGCCACCGUGCAGGCACUCAGCCCCGUGCGCCUUUGGGCCAUCACCCGGCAGCGGUACCGGGCCAUUGCCACCAGCAAUGCCAAGCAGAGAAGGGCUGAGAUCCUAGGCUCCCUGCGGACGGUGCACUGGCUGCAGGAUCUCUCCGACAGCCACCUCUGCAAGCUGCUGGAUGCCAUGGAGGAGUGCACUUUCAAGCCUGGUCACAUCAUUAUUCAUGAAGGCGACGAGGGGGAAAACUUCUACAUUAUCCUGAAGGGUGAGGUGCGGGUGACCCAGCGAGUGGACGGGCAGGAGAAGCUGCUCCGUGUCCUGGGUGCUGGACAGCACUUUGGAGAGCUCUCCCUACUGCGGAACAGCCCCCGGACAGCAUCGUGCCAGGCCCAGGGACAUGUCACCUGUGUCACCAUGGCCAAGGAUGACUUCUUGGAGAUCAGCCCCUAUUGCCCUUCCCAUCCUGCAGAGCCAAACACGCCUGAAGCAGAAGCACCAGCCCCAGAAGCAGAAGCACCAGCCCCAGAAGAUCCUGAAAGGGGCCGUGGUUCCUCGAGCCCGUGGCAGACACCAGCUGUGCCCCUGCGGCUGGAGGAGCUGGUUGCCGUGCGCUAUCAGGAGGGGCAGCGACAGGGCCAGUGCGUUGUCCUGGGCACUGGCGGCUUCGGACGCGUUGAUCUGGUGCAGUGCCGGGAGCAGCUCUUUGCACUGAAGCGGAUCCGCAAGGACUGGGUGGUGCGGAAGCAGCAGCAGGAGCAUGUGCGGACUGAGCAGCGAGUGCUGGCAGGCUGCCACAGCCCCUUUGUUGUGAGGCUUUUCGGCACGUUCCGGGACAGGCAGUAUGUCUAUCUGCUGCUGGAGUUCUGCCAGGGUGGAGAACUGUGGACCAAGCUGCGUGAGAUGCGGUGCUUCGAGGAGCCACUGGCAGUGUUCUGUUGCGCCUGCGUGGUCGAGGCCCUGGAGUACCUGCACAGCCACGGCAUUGUCUACCGUGACCUGAAGCCUGAGAACCUCAUGCUGGACCAGCGUGGCUAUGUCAAGCUGGUAGACUUCGGCUUUGCUAAGGAGCUGGGGCGGGGGGAGAAGACCUUCUCCUUCUGCGGAACCCCCGAGUACCUGGCGCCCGAGAUCCUGCGCCAGGAGGGCCAUGACUUUGCUGUUGACUUCUGGACACUGGGCGUGCUCGCCUUCGAGUUGCUGGUAGGCAGGCCUCCCUUCCACAGUGCUGACCCCCAGCAGAUCUACAGCCGCAUCUUGGACGGAGUAUUCUCCUUCCCAGCCUUCCUUGGCGAGGCUGCCUGCUCCCUCAUCAGCAAGCUCUGCAGGCGUCGCCCGGGACAGCGCUUAGGGAACACGGCCAGCGGCAUCCGCGGCAUCAAGAAGCACAGGUGGUUCGGUGCCCUGAAGUGGAGGAAGCUCUCGCUGGGGCAGCUGGAGGCACCCACCCUGCGGCUCAUCAAGGAGGGACCCCCCUACGUCAACUUCAAGCGUUACUCGGUGGACUUGACGCCAGUGGACGAUGAGUUCUCAGGCUGGGAUGAGGAUUUCUGAUGGCAGCAGGACCCCUGUGUCCACAGUAGGACUCCUUGGCUGCGCCCUGU